AAUGCCGGUUCCAAAUGACGCACUAGAUUAUAAAUACAUAUUGUAAAUACUAAUGCGUAAAAUUGAAUGUUGAAAUAAUUACAUAGUGUUUUUAUAUUCUCUCCACGUAAUUACGAGAUUAUCGUGUCAUUUGUAUUACAGCAACCAUAAAACUUCUAUAACAUUUUUAAUAUAUUCUCAACAAUCGAGAAAUGACAAUCCCUACUUUCAACAUAAUAAGAUCUAUUGUGUUUUCAAACACAAAGAAUCAAACCAAAUCUCUGUUUUAUUGGAUUAAUGUCAUGUUCAAUAGAGUUGAUGAGGACCGUGUAAAUGAGGUUGGUCCUGAUCGUGCAUGUGCAGAAUGGCUUUUGAAAAAUGGGGCAUAUGUUAGAUGGAAAGGUGUUUCUGAGCUAUUAACAGAUUAUAAUAAAUUACCAGUUAUUGGACAACAAUAUUAUGUUGAGGGUAUUGAUGCUAAUGAUGCUGGAAUAUGCGAUAUAGGAUUUGAACAUUUCAAGGGAUGUAAACAUGUAAAUGACAUAAAACUUGAAAGCUGUAAAUAUGUUGAUAAUAGUGCUUUACCAUACUUAUCACUUAUCAAAGGUUCAUUAAAACAUUUGGAGCUUAUAAACUGUAAAAGUAUUGAUGAUGAAGGUCUACUAAGUUUAAAAGUAUUAAAAAAUUUAGAAAAAUUAAAAAUUCGAGGAUUAAUAUAUGUGAAGAAGAAAGAUUCCGUUUAUAAAGAACUCACCGAAGCUUUACCCAAUUGUGAAAUUGACUAUCAAUAAACGUACUUUAUAUUUUAAUAUAAGUUAUAAAGCUUGUGUGAAACAUUGUGAAAAGAUAUAUGAUAAUAAAGUAUAAAUUAUGAAGUAAAAUUAA